AUGAUAGGAUGGGGCGACGUGUACAAGGUGGUGGCCGCCAUGGCGCCGCUCUACUUCGCCCUGGGCCUCGGCUACGGCUCCGUGCGAUGGUGGAAGCUCUUCACGCCGGACCAGUGCGACGCCGUGAACCGCCUGGUGGCCUACUUCGCCGUCCCCUUCUUCGCCUUCGACUUCGCGGCGCGCAUGGAUCCCUACGCGCUGAACUACCGCGUCCUGGCCGCCGACGCCCUGUCCAAGCUCGCCGUGGUGCUGGCUCUCGCCGCCUGGGCCGCCGUGUCCACGCGCUGCUGCACCCGCCGCGGCGACGGCGGCAAGGGCGGCGGUGAUCUGGCCUCCUCGUGGUGCAUCACCGGGUUCUCGCUGGCGACGCUGAACAACACGCUGGUUGUGGGCGUACCGCUGCUGGACGCCAUGUACGGCGGGUGGGCGCGCGACCUCGUCGUGCAGAUAUCGGUGGUGCAGAUCAUCGUCUACUUCCCGUUGCUGCUAUUGGCGUUCGAGGUGAGGCGGGCCUGCGGUGGUGGUGUCGCGACGAAGCCAGACACGGCUGCGCCGCCGGUGAGCGACGACGAUGUGGAGGGCGGCGACGUCCAGCGUGCGAGGCAACGCGAGCCGGUGUGGCCGUUGGUGAGAGCGGUCUGGCUCAAGGUGGCGCGGAAUCCCAACGUCUACGCGGGCGUCCUAGGGGUGACGUGGUCUUGCGUCACAAACAGGUGGCACAUCCAGACGCCAAGCAUCAUCCAGGGCUCCGUGCUGAUCAUGUCUCGGACUGGAGUUGGACUCGCCAUGUUCAGCAUGGGACUGUUCAUGGCGCUACAGGAGAAGAUCAUCGUCUGCGGGGCCGGCCUGACCGCGCUGGGCAUGGCACUACGGUUCGUUGCCGGCCCGGCGGCUACCGCGGCUGGAGCCGUCGCCCUGGGGCUCCGCGGAGACGUCCUGCGUCUUGCCAUCAUACAGGCCGCGCUUCCUCAAUCCAUCACCACGUUCGUGUUCGCCAAGGAGUAUGGCCUGCACGCUGAUGUGCUCAGCACCGCGUAA